CUAAGCUAGAGAUAUUUAUUAUUGCUUCUUGGAAUCUCCUGGAAUGGACUGAGAUUGAAAAAGGGGCAUUGCCAAGCUUAGCAUUUCUCUGCUUCCACAUUUGUUCACGGUUGAGGAAUCUUCCAGAAGGAUUGUAGUAUGCCAGCACACUAAAAGUACUGGAGAUACUUCCCUUGCACCCACAUCUUGAUGGAGGCAAAGAUAAUUACAAGAUCAAACACAUCCCACAAAUAUAGUUUUUCUCUUCAUUUCUACGCACGUGGGUUGCAAUGUGAUUCCAUGUUAUGUCAACUGAAGGAAAAGAAAAUUACAAGGCCACAUUGUAGUGAUAUGAGCCACUUUUGGCAUCUGCAGAUGGAUUCAUAUCUUAAAGGAUGGUCACCAAGCUUGGAAGUCCUCCAUUUCCGUUGUUCAUGAUUGGCUGAAUCUGCUACUGGAAUAAAGCCAUCGACUAGAGUUUAGACUUCAUUAGAACCAUCCAACAUGGGCUUAAGCCAUUCUUUUGGUUCACACUAUUUGGGUUUGCAGUAGCAUUAUGUCAGCACAUUUUUCAGGAAUGCAGACGAAAAUCAUGUGGUGAUUCUCUCCAGAUGUGGAUUAAUUGGGCUUUUCAUGCCAAUGGUCCCCACCCAAAAAUCCAGAAUAGUUUCGAUGAGAUUAUUGAUCAUGCCCUAUUCCAAUGCUCCUUUGCUGCCUCUGUUUGGUUUGGAAAUCUCGAAAUAAUGUUGUGUUUCAAAGGGACUGAUCCUGAUAUUUUGGGCACAGUGUCUGUGAUGAACUUCAUAAUUUAUGAUGGACGAAUCUGUGUGGAAGAACUUGCUUCUGGUGGUUCUCAACCUGCUUCUGUUAUUCCAUAUCUGAUUCAUGUUUCUCCUCCAGGCCACUGCCUUGUUAUCUCUUCCGAUGGAGCUUGGAAUGCUGCAACAAAAAGAGGCUGUAGAGGUGGUGUGCUGAAAUCCCUUCAAGGUGUCUUUAUAGGUGCCAAAUGCAAGUGGGGAGUAGUGUUUCGGCUGCUGCUACUGAGGCAGAGGGGAUACAUGAUGGAGUUUGAUCACUACAUCAUGCGGCUUCUCUUCGGUGUAAUAUCUAAGGGAUUGCCUAGCUGUUUUUAUGGCUUUAAACUCUUUCAACUUCGAUUGAUUUGGCAACUAAAUGUGUAGUUGAUGAUAUUCUUUCUUUAUUAAUAGAUUUUUCAUUUAUUUCUUC